CUCUCCUCAUUUUCUCAUGUCCCCGGGCCCUCCACUUUUGUUGUCCAGUUUUGAGGUAGUCUAAAGACCAAGUUACAAGAGCUGCAAGUACAAGUCCAGAGAAUGGUGUUUGAGGAAGUCCCCAACAGUCCUGAAGACGGCGGUGGUACCGGUAGGACUGAGGAGCUUGAAUCAGGAACGGUCUCUCUGUCGUCUCUGGGAAAGCUGAGCCUGAAGGAUUUCUUUCCCGUGGCCUUGGGCAUUACAGAGCGUUUGCACAAGUCCUUUCAUGCCUCUGGAAAGCUGCAUGGACAUCUCUCCACGGACCGAAUCAAAAUUCAGGCGUCUUUAUUGUUAGACGACGAUGACGAGACUCGCCGUAAUGGUACUUCCACUACAGCCACACAAGAUGAUGGUCAACUGGUCUUUUUGUUGACCACCACCAGGGACGACGACACUAGUGAUGCCAAUGAUUGCUUGGUCAAUGCGGGCAAGGACAUUAUUCUGAACCAUGAUUUUAGCAGCAGCAACAACAGCAACAUUUCAGCAGAAGGAACAUCUCAUUAUGGACCUGAUCUCUGUUUUGUGUCGCCGGAACAAACGGGACGAAUGCAAAAUCGCACUGUAGACCACCGAAGUGACCUAUAUAGUCUAGGUGUGGUGUUCUAUCACUGUUUGACUGGUAAUUUGCCUUUUGCCGUCAUGACGCCGCUCGAUCCCAUGGAACUCAUUCAUUUUCAUAUCGCCAUGAAGCCCAAACGCGUCACCGACCAGGAUCCCAGCAUUCCCACAAUUUUAGCCGAUAUCGUGGACACGUUGCUGGAAAAGAACCCCAACGAUCGGUAUCAAUCGGCACAAGGAUUGUGGUUGGAUCUGCAAGAGGCGCAAAAACACCAACAACAAUACACCACCACAGUUCCCAAUAAUAGUGGUUUGCGACAUCACAUGGGAUGCUGGCACUUGCCAGUGGGACGGCUGUAUGGACGACAAACUCAGGUACAGCAACUGAUUACCAUUAUGAAUCGAGUCAUUGCCAAGGGAACACUCGAAGUGAUUUGGGUUGCCGGAUACAGUGGUACGGGGAAAACCGCACUGGUCGAACAAACGCAUCCCACGUUGCGAAUAUCUGGCAAAUUUGAUCAAUCCCGACGCGUCCCCUAUCAUGCCAUUGUCUUGGCACUGCAAAACCUGGUCACUUGGUUGUUCAAACAACAAGACGAAGUGACACUGAACGCAUGGAAAGAACGACUCCGACAAGCUGUAGGGAAUGAAGGACGUGUCGUUUUAGAACUCGUGCCCUCCAUGGGAUCCAUUAUUGGUGCCGAGCAGCCGGCCAUUCCAGAAUUGGCAGGAAAGGAAGCGCAGAAUCGAUUCCUGUACGUGAUGAAAAGCUUUUUCCGGGCCAUUUGUGCCAUGGCUCCGUUGGUGCUCUUUCUGGAUGAUACCCAAUGGGCCGAUUCGUCCUCGUUGGAACUCUUGCAAGCCUUGGCGUUGGAUCCGGAAAAUGGACACUUUCUCAUUGUUGGUGCCUAUCGAGACAAUGAAGUCGGUCCGUCUCAUCCCUUUGUGCGAACCAUGGAUCACAUUCGAUCCGCCAAACCAUCCAGUGAGACGACAAUACACACCAUUCUUGUGGAAAACUUGCAGCGCGAACACGUGCAUCUCAUGAUUACAGACACGCUGCAUACGACCACCAGUCAACAGCCAAAUGUCUCCGAGUUGACCGAUUUGACCUACAGAAAGACACGAGGUAAUUCCUUCUUUACGCGGCAGUUUUUGCAGGACUUGUACGAUCAAGGUCAUGUCCAGUUCGACUGGCCAUCCGAGAAGUGGCAGUGGAAUACAGAGGCAAUACAACAGUUGACCAGCACGGACAAUGUGGUGGAUUUCAUGGCCCAAAAACUGCAGCGACUGGAGCCCAACUUGCUCGAAUGUUUGUGUACGGCAGCAUGUGUUGGGGCACGCUUUUCAGCCCAUGUCGUUGCAGCAGAGAGAGGACUAUCCUUGCCGCAAACGGAAUCGCUCUUGGAGGUGGCGCGAAAGGAGGGGCUGAUCUUGUCGGAAGAUGGUGCCAACAACAUCUACCGUUUCCUGCACGAUCGGGUGCAGCAGGCAGCCCUGUCGAUCCUCUCGGAGCAAGAGCGACCCAGACGACAUUAUUCGCUGGGGAAGAUUCUUUUGGGUCAACAAUCGGACGUUCCAGAUGAAGAGAUGGAACAGAUCUUUGAGAUUGUCGAUCAGUUCAAUAGUGGAUUGUCGCUCGUGACUGACGACGAGGAGAAGCUUCGAUUGGCAAAGCUGAAUCUGGCAGCGGGGAAGCGAGGGGCCGACACUGCAGCAUACAAUUCGUCGUAUGUUUACGUGUCCACGGGGAUUCGGUUGGUGGGGGCAGUCGACAUUGCAUGGGAUGCACACUACGACUUGUGUCUGUCACUUUAUACACUGGCAGCUGACACGGCUUACAUGAGCGCACAAUUCGAAAAGAUGGACGAUGCAAUUUCAGAAGUUCUUUGCCGAACGAAAACCUUGCUGGAGAAGAUUCCUGCCUACCGAAUCCGAAUCCUGUCGUACAAGGCGAGAAACAAGCUCCUCGAUGCAAUUGAUACAGGUAUUUCGGUAUUGAAGCAACUGGAUGUUGUCUUUCCUGAGCCCACACAAGAGAAUACCGUGGCUGAACUGGGAAAGGUCUUGGGCUUGCUCGAAAACAAGUCGACUGAAACACUUUUGCAUCUUCCUCUGAUGCAAGACCCUGGGAAAGUGGCAUCGCUGAAGCUCAUUGCAGACAUUAACUCUUCCGUGUACUGGGCUCGGGCUGAGCUCUUUCCAUUAAUCGUGUUCAAGUCGGUGGAACUGUCCGUCUUGUACGGAAACACGGAAGUUUCUUCAUUUGCUUACGGGACGUUCGGGGUGAUAUUAUCGGGCGUGGUUGGGGACAUGCAACGCGCCCACGAGUUUGGAGACCUCGGGAUAAAGGUGAUGGACAAAUUCAACGCGAAGGAUUGGCUGGCUCAGAUCUAUACACCACACUACGCACUCAUCGUCCACUGGAGUAGGCACAUCCGCGAAACCUUUCAGCCGCUCAUCUUCUCGAUCCAUGUCGGCCUAGAAACGGGAGCAAUCGAGUACCUCUGUAUCAACGCCAACAUUUACUGCAUUCACCAGUAUCUCUCGGGCCAACCUUUGGAAGGACUCGAGACGGAGAUCGAAGAUUAUUCGUCCCUGAUGAAGAGCUUUGCGCAGGAAACCAACUACAACUUCAACCAAAUAUACCAUCAAGCCGUGCUGAAUCUGGCUGGUCGCAGUGACGAUCCCUGUAAGCUGGUUGGAUCAGCGUACAACGAAGUUGAGAUGCUUCCAAGGCACAUUGCAGCCAAAGACAAUACUGCUUGUUUCUUUGUUUAUUUCAACAAGAUGAUCCUUUGUUACCUGUUUGGAAAAUAUGACACGGCGGAAAGCUGCAGUAGCGAAACCGAAGCAAGGCUCUCUGCUGUACUAGCAAAGCUUGAGAAUACUUCUUUCAAUUUCAUCAAUUCGUUGCUUUGCCUUGCUCAGACAAGGCGUUCGCCGGAGCGGAAAGAAGAGCUUCUUGAACGAGUGACGACAAAUCAGAAAGCGAUGGAAAAGUGGUCGUCUGAUGCUCCCAUGAACUUCCUCCACAAGUGGAAUCUUGUGGAGGCGGAGAAAGCUAGGGUGAAUAGCGAUAUCAGGCUUGCAGUUAAGAUGUACAAGCAAUCAGUGGCGGGGGCUUCUGAGCAUGGGUUCUUGAACGACUUGGCAUUGGCGAAUGAACUAGCAGCGGAAUGCUUAUUGGAAAUUGAGCUUGUUGAAGCGGGAAAGUCCUUUUUGAUGGAAGCUUACAGAGCGUAUGCCAAGUGGGGUGCACUGGCCAAAUGCCAGCAACUUGUCCAGCGGUACCCGGAACACCUAAGCAUUUACUCCAGCACCUUGUCAUCAACAUAUGGCAGCAGCCAGUAUCUGGACAUGUUCUCUGUCAUGAAGUCAGCGACAGCCAUUCAAGGUGAUAUUGCUCUUGGCAAACUGCUAAAGUCACUCAUGGCGGUGCUAAUCGAGAAUGCUGGUGCCGACCGGGGUUGCCUCCUUCUUGCAGAAAAGGAUCAACUCUUUCUCCAAGCAGAACGUGAUCUCGGUAGGGACGUGAGCUCGGUCCUACAAAACAUUCCUAUCAAGUCACUGGAAACGCUCCCUCAGUCAGUGGUUAGCUACGUGGCUCGUGUCAACGAGACAAUCGUGCUGGAUAGCGGAGCCAAUGACGAAACAUUCGGGCAGGAUCCAUACAUUCAGGCGAAUGGCCCACGUUCCAUACUUUGUUCUCCGAUUGUUCUUCGCGGAAAACUACUCGCAGUUGUGUACCUACAAAACACUUUGAUUUCAGGUGCCUUCACAGAGGAACGAACAGCACUUCUGAAUCUUCUGUCGGGCCAAAUUGCCAUUUCAAUCCACAAUGCACUCCUCUAUGAUAGAUUGGAGCAAAAAGUCAAGGAACGAACGGCUGCUAUUGAACGCCAAAAGCAGGAACUGGAGGCGGAGAAGGUUCGCUCCGAUGAGCUUCUUCUGAACAUUCUGCCGCGACAGAUUGCCAAUGAGCUGAAGCUCAACGACAAAUCUCCGGCUCGUCGCUUCUCAAAUGUCACGAUUUUGUUCUCCGACAUUGUGAAUUUUUCUGUGCUUUCACAAAACAUGUCACCCGAAGACCUAGUGAAGCUUUUGGAUGAGUACUUUGGCGCUAUGGAUGAGAUCGUUGCCAGCCACGGCGUCGAGAAAAUCAAAACCAUAGGCGAUGCCUAUAUGUGCGCCGCGGGGCUUCCUGUCCCCGAUCCUGAAAGUCCACGCAAGAUGAUUGCAGCGGCAAAGGACAUGAUCUUCUUUGUUGCAGGAAUGAAACACAGAAGAGCCGCUGUUGGCACAACGUACUUUGAUAUUCGAAUCGGAAUCAACACAGGAAGUGUUGUGGCUGGGGUCGUUGGAAUAAGGAAGUUCGCAUACGAUAUCUGGGGGGAUCCAGUCAAUGUCGCGGCCAGGUGCGAGCAAACGAGUGAACCGGGGUUCAUCAAUAUAUCCGAGAGUACAUACCAACUGGUGAAGGAUCAGGUCCCUUGUGUACACCGAGGCAAAAUAGCGCCGAAGAACAUGAAAGCGAUGGACAUGUACUUUGUCAAACAAGAAAAGCGACAGUCUAAUGUGGACAUGCUUAUGAGGCGAGGAUCACAGCGCAGAGAAGAAUUGCAAGGACUGCUAGGGGGGCACACCUUUGCCGAAGAACUGAGCGCUCUCCUUGACGAGGACUCAUCCUCCGAAUCUGAAGCUGAGCGGUAAAACCUCACAACAGUGUCGCAAAGUGCCAAUCAGUCCCGAGAUGCUCUACAUGUACGGUUCAUGUAUCCAUCGUUGUCGUUACCGUCGGAUCCAUUGUUGU